AUGCUUUCCCUACAAGUGUGACGUCAGUCCAACCUAUUGGGAUAAUUGCUGGGUACUGUGUACAAGCUGGUGUUGGCUCAGCUGACGAUCGGGAUUUUUCCUUAUUUAUGCAUCUCCCUGAUGACUGCUUUGGCCGUGAGUACCUCAUAGUUCUCCCUCUUGAGUCUGUUUGUGUGUCCAUCUUCUUUACCGUGGAGACAAUCAUCCUUUAUAAAGACGUAGGCGGGGUCAAGCAGUCGGGAUUUUUAAUAAGAUGGAGCGAUAACCAUUCUUACAAGCUUAACUUCAAGGAAGGACAGAAUCAGGUGGCUGAACUGAGGUCGAAUAACACAUUCUAUUGUACUGUCGCGUUUAACGGCGGAGCUGGGGAUCGCCAUCAGUUAGCGUUCGCUGCUUCAAGCGUCAUCCCGACUGGACUUUAUUGUAACCAUUAUGCUUGGAGAACCCAUCAGCACCCGACACACGAGUGGGUGGAUGUCGCUGUGUUCUUUCUACAGCAUAAUGAGAGCCAGCUGGUUCUUGAUGAACGGGACACGAACGACAGCUGGGUGUGGCAUAGAGCUGGAGAGACAUGGAGGUACUCAUUCAUGAACCUUUCUAUCGGCACCCACCAGGCCUACACGCGUACAGGUGCCACGUUUGGAUGUAUUGUGUUUGGUGUCAACCUCACCCAGCAGAACGGGUACAUGCAUCAUGUGGGGUUCAUUGUCUCGAAGAUAAACACGAGCGAGCCUAGUGACGUAACAAUGGCCAGUGGUGACUUGGUGGAUAACGACGGUGACCAGAGGGUGGAUGAGGAGAUGGAUAAUGGAAAAGAUGAUGACGGCGAUGGUUUGGUGGAUGAGGAUUUGGUGUAUCCUAAGACAGUUCAUGGGAAAUGGGGCGACUGGGAAGACUUCAAAUGUUUAGCAACAUGUGGCGUCAGCUUUUGGACUAGAGUCAGGACCUGCAACAACCCAGCCCAGAGCGGCUACGGGCUGCCCUGUGUGGGCGUGGCUAAGUUCUCUGACGUCAACAAAACGUGUAGCACUGGGCACAUCUGUCCUCAAGACUGUCCGUUUGGCAAGUACUUGAUAGACUGUGUGGGUGACUGCUCCAACUGUGAGAAUGAUUGUAACAAGGUCACAGGUUCAUGCUCCAGGUGUAAGUUGGGAUGGAUGGAUCCGCUACACGGUUGUAAAAGAGAAUGCCCUGAAAUGACGUUCGGGUUCCAUUGCACAGAAUCGUGCACUAAAAAAUGCAACAACCACGACUGCUUAGAUAAAAUCCAUGGCACUUGUCCAGUGACAGCCCACCCCAAAGACCUGAUGUUUCUACUUCCGACCCUGCUGUUUUUGCCGAUCUGCUUCUUGCCCUGUUUCUUCCGCAGAACAAAAGAGGAUAUACCAGAGUCUGAAAAUGCGGGUUUCAUCUUGCCGUUAGAGUUGACUUAAUGUUUUGUUGAACUGUGACUUGAUGCUGCAGUCAACAUAAUGUUUUAUAACAUAUGGAUACAUAGCCGCAAUCACGACCUAAAGACCUAAUGUUUAGAUCGACUAGUAAUGUUGAAAUCGACCUGUAACACGACUUAAGGAUACAAAGCAGCAAUCACGACCUAAAGACUUGAAGUCUUGCUGGACGUAACCAAUGCUGAA